CGUCCUCCAAUUGUUAAAACUCGGGACGCGCUUGACAUAGGGCGCAUACUUCUCGGAGACUUCUGGACCGCAACUUUGACACACAGAGAGAAAUGUUCUGCCCAGGGAUUUCAAUAGGCUACCUUUCUGAAGUUUGUGGACAAUACAACUGUAUUAAAGGGAUUUGAGCCUCAUAGACACGUCGAUAAAGUGGAUAAGAAAUAGCACUGUUUUGAGCACAUUUCGGGACUUUAGUUCAUUUUGCCAGAUUACACAAGGACUCCACCACUAUGGCGCCCUUCCUCCCCCUCCUCCUCCUCCUCUCCUCUUCCUCUGUUCUCUCCAGUGACUGUCCAGAGGAUUGCUCUUGUCAGGCCCAGGGUUCCAUCUUCUGCAUCCAGCGUCGUUCCACUGUCGUCCCCCGCGGCCUCCCUUCUUCUGUGAAACAUCUCUACGUCUUCCAGAACGGCAUCAAUACUUUAGCCCAGGAUGACUUCACAGACCUGGAGGAACUGGAGAUGCUGGACCUGUCCCAGAAUAAACUCACGGAGGUCCCCGAUGGGGUCUUUGAAACUCUAUCUUCGCUGAGGAAUCUCGAUUUGUCCGCAAACUACAUUACCCACAUCGCCAAGGAUAGCUUCUCCGGAUUGGUGCAACUCGAGAGGCUGUAUCUCCAUGGCAACCGCAUCAAGAGCAUCCAAUCGGAGGCCUUCGAGGUUCUGGAGGAUCUUCUGGAACUGAAGCUCCAGGAGAACCAGUUGACCGGUCUCCCAAUGCUCCGUCUCCCCAGGCUUCUCCUCCUUGAUCUCAGCUUCAACUCUCUCCCGACGCUGGGUCCCCAAGACCUCCAGACCCCCCACCUCGAGUCGCUCAAAGUGGCUGCGUUGGGGCUCACCACCCUGGACUCAGAUCUGAUGGCCUCCCUGGGGAACCUCCAUGACCUUGAUGUGUCCCAGAACCAGCUGGAGGGGAUGCCUGAAGCAUUGAAGGCCACCCGGGGGCUGAUCAUGCUCAGCCUGGCUGCCAACCCUAUUGGGGAGCUCCGGAACGAGGACUUCCAGAGUCUGGUGGGUCUCCAGGAGCUGGAUAUCAGUGGGCUGAACCUCCAGGGCUUGCCCCAAGGUUUCUUCCAGCUCUUCCCCAGGCUGGGGCACCUCACGGCGGCUGAGAAUCCCUUCAACUGCCUCUGUCCUCUGGCCUGGUUCCCUGGCUGGCUGAAAGAGAAGAAUGUGGAUCUGGGACGCACAGAAGAGACAAGGUGCCACUUCCCACCAGUGAAUGCUGGCAAGGUGCUGGCGGAGCUGGACCAUCAAGAUUUCGGCUGUCCACCUACGACCACUGUCAUGACGAAUGCCCUAGGGGAGGGGAGUACUUCCGCACCCCCCAUUCCGACUACAUCCCCUGGAAACACACAUACCAAUGCCAUCCCACCACCUCCGCCAUUCCCUAGUGAUGAACCAUCCUCAACGGAGACAGACAUUGAGAGUCGUCCCCCUCCUCCAGCUUCUCCGACUUCCGCUUUCAGGGACCAGGGGGAUGAGGGCCACAUAUGCCCGCCAAACAUCUGCCUCAAUGGGGGUACGUGCCGCUUCGAUCCUCUGGGACAGCUUGGAUGUCUCUGUCCCCGCGGAACUAUGGGCCUGUACUGCGAGAAUCUGAAGGAGUCGUCUAACCACAACCAGCCCCCUCUCCAAACCUCCGCCCCCGAGGUUUUGGCAUCCAUGGUCGCCCCCAUUGUAACCUCUGAUCCCAAUGACAUCAGUUCCCGUCAGGUAACCUCCACGUCCAUCCUCCUCGACCUGCACCGUUUCCUCGAGACGAGGCCGCACAUCCGCGGUAUUAAGCUGACCUACCGGAACCUCUCAGGGCCCGACCGGCGCCCCAUGUCCCUCAGCGUCCCCGCCUCGUACCCAGAAUACACCCUCCGAGGGCUCCGGCCCAACUGUACCUAUUCGGUGUGCGCCAGCCCCCUGGCAGAGAGGGUGAAUGGGGGUGGAGGCGGUGGAGGUAGCCCUACCGAGGGAGGGUCUUGUAUGGAGGCUCGUACCGAGGGAGGUCCCCAAGCUUCGUCCUUGGAGCCCCAGGUGGAUGAUCAGAGCCAGCUCACCUACACCCUCAUCCCAGCCUUGGCUGCUCUCGCCCUGGUCACGGGGGUGGCGGUGGUGGCCAUCCUGGUUAUUUUUCUCCGGAGGAGACGGGCUCACAUGGAGCUGGAAGGGGGUGAGAUGGAACCAAUGGAACUGGAGGGCCUUAAGGCUUGUCUGGAGAACGGCGUGGGGAACGGGGGCACCCUACCCCACAAGGGAGCGGAUAUCGCCCCCUGUCACACCUCCACCCCGACCCAGCCACAAAAUGGCGGAUCGUCACAUCCCCUUCCACAAAAUGGUGGUUUAGAAUAUGACGCCCCCCUCAUGAAGGGACAGGGGCACUGUCCAUCGAAUAAUAAUGUGGCAUCCUUGAAGCCAUCGUAUUUCUAGAAACUCAGUCUGUUGUCUAAAUAGAUUUCUUAAUAUUUCUCAAUGAGACUCAAUGUACUCAAUGACAUUCAGAGCUAUGGAAUGGAACAGAAGUAACUACCCCUGUAGAGGGUAACUCUAUGCCCCGUUAUCUCUAAGUGGAUGGGAGGACUCUACCAUUAUGAGGCAGUGAAAGGGGGGUGUUUUAGCUCAUCCAGCAGAGUUCAAGUUGAUAGAAAUGUAACAAGUAUUUAAACCUAAAGUGCAAUCGCCAUGCCAAAAAGGGUCUGUCUUAUAAUCGGAUUGAAAACGGAAGUGCCUUCUUGCAUUGACAUGAUAUGCUGUAAUAAUGAUGCUUUUAUUUUUGAAAUGUUGAUGUUUUUAAAAGAACUGCAUUGAAUGAGCAAUCCUGUUGCUGGAUCAGGAGGUUGUGAAAGCAGGGUUUGUGGAGGUAUGGGGAAGGCACAGAGUCAAGGUUUGGAGGAGUAGAGGUGGGGUGCAGAGGUCGAGAUAGAAACACAGGUGUGUGUGUGCUCUGUAGGCUGUUCAGCACUUCCUGAAAUGAACGAGGCACCCCUCCCCACCUGCCCCCUGGGAGAACUUGCACUGAAGAGAAGAGAAACUCUCUGCAGCAUUACAACCCUUCCCAGAGACUUAACCUAAGGUAGUGAAAUGCUGAUUCUGUAGAGAUGGUACCACGGACAGAAUACAGUUUUAGACGACAUUACCACCGGUCAGAUAUCCCUUCAUCCUGCUACACCCCCCCAACGAACUGGUAUUAUCAACUCCCACCAGGGUUGAUCAACUUGCUGUGAAAGGCAUGUGGACUAAAUGAAGAGAAAAGGCAAGGAGACCCUAUUCCCUUUAAGUGUGCUACGUUUGACCAUUAAAAUGUUGACAUUUGAGUCAUUUAGCAGACUUACAGUUGGUGCGUUCAUCUUAAGAUAGCUAGGUGACACAACCACAUAUCACAGUCGUAGUAAGUACGUUUUUCCUCAAUAAAGAAGUUAUCGGUCAAGUCAGUGCUAGUAGGAAAAAAAACUAGAAAAGACUAGUGCUCUGGUCAAAAGUAGUGCACUAUAUAGGGAAUAGGGUGUCACUUGGGACGUAGCCUCUGUCCUUAGUGGUGUGGUCAGUAGCUGUGAUGGACGCUAUUUGAAGGUUGUUGUUGUGGAGCGGGUUUCAUAUGAUGUUUUUGUAAUGUGUUUUGUAUGUAUUUUUUUAUCAUGGAUUUCUCUGUUGCUGUCAUGCUGUUUCUCCAGUCUUGUUGUAGUCAGAAAUGUUGAUGCUGUAUUGUAUUGUGCUGUUCCCUCAACACGGCAAAGUGUUGGGGUCCAUUUAGUUUCAAUUCAGAAAGUUUAGAAUUGAAAGGGUUCAUUUACUUUUAAAGAUGAGUUUUCCUUUGUUCAAUAGGUCAUUCCAAUUCACCUGAAUUUACUGAAUUUAGAUUCAAUUUACCCCUACCCAAAACGCUUCAAAUUUUGAUCAUGUAAAAAUUGUUCACCAAGUAAA